AUGUGUACAUGUGAGGUGGAAAGCUACUUGACAGACAUAACUUAUGAAAGACAAACUCAAGAAUUGACUCCUCUAAGACCAAAGUUAAUAAAAGACCAUACACAUGAAAGACAAAAUUCAUCGGAAACCAAACUCAACAAAGAAUUGACUCCUAAAAGACCAAAGUUAGUAAAAGACCAUACACAUGAAAGACAAAAUUCAUCGGAAACCAAACUCAACAAAGAAUUGACUCCUCAAAGACCAAAAAUAGUAAAAGACCAUACACAUGAAAGACAAAAGUCAACGGAAACCAAACUCGACAAAGAAUUGACUCCUCAAAGACCAAAGUUAAUAAAAGAUUAUACACAUGAAAGACAAAAUUCAUCGGAAACCAAACUCAACAAAGAAUUGACUCCUCAAAGACCAAAGUUAACAAAUUCAUCGGAAACCAAACUCAACAAGGAAUUGACUCCUAAAAGACCAAAGUUAGUAAAAGACCAUACACAUGAAAGACAAAAUUCAUCGGAAACCAAACUCAACAAGGAAUUGACUCCUCAAAGACCAAAGUUAAUAAAAGACCAUACACAUGAAAGACAAAAUUCAUCGGAAACCAAACUCGACAAAGAAUUGACUCCUCAAAGACCAAAGUUAAUAAAAGACCAUACACAUGAAAGACAAAAUUCAUCGAAAACCAAACUCAACAAAGAAUUGACUCCUAAAAGACCAAAGUUAAUAAAAGAUUAUACACAUGAAAGACAAAAUUCAUCGAAAACCAAACUCAACAAAGAAUUGACUCCUCAAAGACCAAAGUUAAUAAAAGACCAUACACAUGAAAGACAAAAUUCAUCGGAAACCAAACUCGACAAAGAAUUGACUCCUCAAAGACCAAAGUUAAUAAAAGACUAUGUGCAUACAAAUGAAAGACAAAAUUCAUCGAAAACCAAACUCGACAAAGAAUUGACUCCUCAAAGACCAAAGUUAAUAAAAGACCAUACACAUGAAAGACAAAAUUCAUCGAAAACCAAACUCAACAAGGAAUUGACUCCUCAAAGACUAAGUUAA